GACAAGAGGCUCAAGGAGGCGGAGGCGGCGUUGCCGGGCUCUCCGGAAGGAGACGUGGCGGCGGUUGGGCCGGUGAAACCCGGGCGCUUUAUACUCCCGCCGCCUCCUCCUCCACCUCCUCCUCCUCCUCCCCUCCUCCUAGAGCAGAGGAGGUUGUGGCGGUGGCUGGAGAAAGCGGCGGCGGAGGAUGGAGGAAGGAGGCGGCGGCGUACGGAGUCUGGUCCCGGGCGGGCCGGUGUUACUGGUCCUCUGCGGCCUCCUGGAAGCGUCCGGCGGCGGCCGAGCGCUCCCUCAACUCAGCGAUGACAUCCCUUUCCGAGUCAACUGGCCCGGCACCGAGUUCUCUCUGCCCACAACUGGAGUUUUGUAUAAAGAAGAUAAUUAUGUCAUCAUGACAACUGCACAUAAAGAAAAAUAUAAAUGCAUACUUCCCCUUGUGACCAGUGGGGAUGAGGAAGAAGAAAAGGAUUAUAAAGGCCCUAAUCCAAGAGAGCUUUUGGAGCCACUAUUUAAACAAAGCAGUUGUUCCUACAGAAUUGAGUCUUAUUGGACUUACGAAGUAUGUCAUGGAAAACACAUUCGGCAGUACCACGAAGAGAAAGAAACUGGUCAGAAAAUAAAUAUUCACGAGUACUACCUUGGGAAUAUGUUGGCCAAGAACCUUCUAUUUGAAAAAGAACGAGAAGCAGAAGAAAAGGAAAAAUCAAACGAGAUUCCCACUAAAAAUAUCGAAGGUCAGAUGACACCAUACUAUCCUGUGGGAAUGGGAAAUGGUACACCUUGUAGUUUGAAACAGAACCGGCCCAGAUCAAGUACUGUGAUGUACAUAUGUCAUCCUGAAUCUAAGCAUGAAAUUCUUUCAGUAGCUGAAGUUACAACUUGUGAAUAUGAAGUUGUCAUUUUGACACCACUCUUGUGCAGUCAUCCUAAAUAUAGGUUCAGAGCAUCUCCUGUGAAUGACAUAUUUUGUCAAUCACUGCCAGGAUCGCCAUUUAAGCCCCUCACCCUGAGGCAGCUGGAGCAGCAGGAAGAAAUACUAAGGGUGCCUUUUAGGAGAAAUAAAGAGGAAGAUUUGCAAUCAACUAAAGAAGAGAGAUUUCCAGCGAUCCACAAGCCCAUUGCUGUUGGCUCUCAGCCAGUGCUCACUGUUGGGACAACCCACAUAUCCAAAUUGACAGAUGACCAACUCAUAAAAGAGUUUCUUAGUGGUUCUUACUGCUUUCAUGGGGGUGUCGGUUGGUGGAAAUAUGAAUUCUGCUAUGGCAAACAUGUGCAUCAAUACCAUGAGGACAAGGAUAGUGGGAAAACCUCUGUGGUUGUCGGGACAUGGAACCAAGAAGAGCAUAUUGAAUGGGCUAAGAAGAAUACUGCUAGAGCUUAUCAUCUUCAAGACGAUGGUACCCAGACAGUCAGGAUGGUGUCACAUUUUUAUGGAAAUGGAGAUAUUUGUGAUAUAACUGACAAACCAAGACAGGUGACUGUAAAACUAAAGUGUAAAGAAUCAGAUUCGCCUCAUGCUGUUACUGUAUAUAUGCUAGAGCCUCACUCCUGUCAAUAUAUUCUUGGGGUUGAAUCUCCAGUGAUCUGUAAAAUCUUAGAUACAGCAGAUGAAAAUGGACUUCUUUCUCUCCCUAACUAAAGGAUAUUAAAGUUAGGGGAAAGAAAAGAUCAUUGAAAGUCAUGAUAAUUUCUGUCCCACCGUGUCUCAUUAUAGAGUUCUCAGCCAUUGGACCUCUUCUAAAGGAUGGUAUAAAAUGACUCUCAACCACUUUGUGAAUAUAUAUGUGUAUAUAAGAGGUUAUUGAUAAACUUCUAAGGCAGACAUUUGUCUUGCUUUUUUUCAUUUUUGUUGUGUCUUACAAAUUGAUUGUUUUUCUUUGCUUGGAUACUGUGAUUCCAAAAUAAAUCUCAUCCAAGCAAGUUAGAGUCCAGCCUAAUCAAAUGUCAUAAUUGUUGUACCUAUUGAAAGUUUUUAAAUAAUAGAUUUAUUAUGUAAAUUAUAGUAUAUGUAAGUAGCUAAUGAAGUAAAGAUCAUGAAAGAAAUUGAUAGGUGUAAAUGAGAGACCAUGUAAAAUAUGUAAAUUCUCGUGCCUGAAAUCCUUUCAACAGAUUUUUAUAUAGCAACUGCUCUCUGCAAGUUGUUAAACUAGAAAUUGGGCACAUGGCAGAGGCUCACAUGGGAGUUGUCCUCACCCUUGUUAAUCUCAAGAAACUCUUAUUUAUAAUAGGUUGCUUCUCUCUCAGAACUUUUAUCUAUUUCUUUUUUCUUCUUAUGAGUAUGUUUACUCUCAGUAUCUAUCUGAUGUAGACUGUUGGUGAUGCUUCUGAGACUCAGAAUGGUUUACUCUAACAAAACACUGUGCUGUCUAUCCCUUAUACUUGCCUACUGUAAUAUGGAUUUCACUUCUGAACAGUUUACAGCACAAUAUUUAUUUUAAAGUGAAUAAAAUGUCCACAAGCAGUGUUGUCAUGUAA